CGCCUGCUCCAGGACUGGGGAAAGAGGCAGGGGUGUCCCGGCAGGAGCCCAGGAGCCUGGAAGGCUGCCUGGAGGGGACAGAGCUGGCUGGCCCCAAGGCUUGAAGUAGCCCAAAGUUGGCAUUGGACCCAGAGGAGUGAAGGGUGGGGAGGCUAGACGGCUGGAUGCUGAAGGAAGCCUGGGGCUGGGACAGAGGCGGGUCCUGGCUCUCUCUAGGCAGGGCAUUCUUAUAGAGGAUAGGGGCCAGAGCAAAGAAAGCGAGUGGGAGAGAGUGAAAGCCUUCCACCAAGGGUUCUGGAAGGAAGGGUCAGCCAAAGGGGGUCUCAGGUUGUUCCUGGCACUGGGGAGUGGGCAUCAUGAAUCUGUUCCGGAUCCUGGGGGAUGUUUCCCACUUACUGGCCAUGAUCCUCUUACUGGUCAAAAUCUGGAGAUCCAAGUCCUGCCGAGGAAUCUCCGGAAAGAGCCAAGCCCUGUUUGCUCUGGUCUUUACAACUCGAUACCUAGACCUGUUGACCAACUUUAUCUCCCUCUACAACACAGUGAUGAAGGUCAUCUUCCUGCUGUGUUCCUACAUCACUGUAUACAUGAUUUACUGGAAAUUUUGGAAAACGUUUGACAGUGAGAAUGACACAUUCCGCCUAGAGUUUCUCUUAGUCCCAGUCACUGGUCUCUCCUUCCUUGAGAAUUACAGUUUCACCCCGCUGGAGAUCCUGUGGACCUUCUCUAUCUACCUGGAGUCUGUGGCAAUCCUGCCUCAGCUUUUCAUGAUCAGCAGGACCGGGGAGGCAGAGACCAUCACCACUCACUACCUUUUCUUUCUGGGGCUUUAUCGAGCUCUUUAUCUGGCUAAUUGGAUCUGGAGGUACCACACAGAAAAUUUCUACGACCAAAUUGCGGUGGUGUCCGGGGUGGUACAAACCAUCUUCUACUGUGACUUCUUCUACCUGUAUGUGACCAAAGUCCUUAAAGGAAAGAAGCUAAGUCUCCCAAUGCCAGUUUGAAGACCCAACUGAGAAGUCACACAAAACCCCCAGGCAGCCAUGGAUCCGUUUCAAAAGUUCCUUUCCAGAUUUCCUGACCACAAGCUCCUGGAGAUACUGUUGGUGCUGCUUUUGAACAAACGGACUUCUAGGAAGGGAUGGAGAGAACGCAUCAUUUUCCCUCCCCUCCAUUCACAUCUAAUACUCUACAAAUGAAGGGUGGAACAAUCCCUGGGGCUGAAGUGUUUGGCCCUUUAACAGGCAUCCCUUGAGUCAGGACUGUCAUUGUUUUCCAAGAUCACUCUCCCCAAACCAGGGAAGGACACCCAAAUCGACUGUUUAACCCUUGUUAAACAGUCCUUGUCAAAUUCAGAGUAAAAAUGUGAAAACUGGUGACCUAGAACGGUUAAGUAUUGUUAUUCCCUUUCCUAUUCCCUUAAAAUACAAGCUUUAUAUACAUCUUGAGGUGAAAAUGUGCUAUCUGGGUCUUUGAACAUUAGUCCCUUCACAAUUCUAAGACACUGAACACAAUUACAGAGAGAGGUUCAAACCAUUGUAGUUCGAUUAUUCACUGGACUUCUGCUAAAAGGAGAAUUUUUUGUAAAGAAAAA